UUCCAAUGGUCUGAUGAAGUAAAAUGGUUCAGCGGCUUACAUACCAGAUGCGCCAUAGCUACGCCACCAAGUCCAACCAGCACCGGGUCGUCAAAACUCCUGGUGGGAAACUUGUCUACCAGACAACUAAGAAGAGAGCUAGCGGACCCAAAUGCCCUGUUACUGGCAAACGAAUCCAAGGGAUUCCUCACUUGAGGCCUGCUGAAUACAAGAGGUCUAGGCUACCUAGGAACAGGAGGACUGUGAACCGUGCAUAUGGUGGUGUGUUAUCUGGUAGUGCAGUCAGGGAAAGGAUCAUUAGGGCCUUUUUAGUUGAAGAACAGAAGAUAGUGAAGAAGGUUUUGAAGAUUCAGAAAGCCAAGGAAAAGCAGUCAUCUAAGAGCUAAAAGAUGAGAUAAUGGAAGGCUUUAUUUUCAACACUACUUUGUUUCAAUUAAAUUUUGA